GGUUCUGUACUGUCUUGGCUUGUCCGCCCACUGAACACAGUCUCUCUCUCUCUCUUUCUCACUCUCAAAUUGGACUUUUUAUUUAUAAAUUAAAGAAAUUCUUUUGGCUUUUGUUUGGUGCUUCCCAUACAUAUGCCUGUCCGCCGCUACUUCUGCUCCCUCGUAACAGUACCUGCAAAUGGAGGAGGAAUCCCUCUAUGAGUCCCUUGUUAUGAUUUGCUUCACCUCCUUUUUUCCCUUUUCAUCUUCCACUCACUCAUCUUUGUCCAUACACUUCAUUCCUCUUAAUCAUGAUUUGAACUCAUUUCUCAGUUUCACGCCCUCCUGAUUGCUCAAAGGUUUCAUCUUUCUUGAUGUUCCUCUCUCCUCUCAGCGAAAAAGCUGGAUUUUUAGUUGAGCUCGUGUUGAACAUCAAUUGGAAGGAAAGUGGAUCUUCAUGGAAGUUGAUCUGAAUCAUGCAGUGAGUGAUGUAGAGAACCGCGGCAAUGCAUGUUGUGAUGGGCAUUGUGAGAAAGGCAAUGGUUGUCUCCACUGUUUGUCUUCCACUAUUUCAAACUCUUCAUCAUCAUCCUCCUCAUCCACUGUGCCUUGCUCAAUCGACUCUGAGCUCUGGCAUGCUUGUGCUGGACGACUUACCUCACUGCCCAAGAGAGGGAAUGUGGUCCUGUACUUCCCACAAGGCCACUUGGAACAAGUUGCCCCGGCUUCUCGUUAUUCGCCCAUGGAGAUGCCCACCCUUGAUCUUCCGCCACAAAUCUUUUGCAGAGUUGUGAACGUUCAGCUACUGGCUAAUAAGGACAAUGAUGAGCUAUACGCACAAGUCACAUUGCUUCCUCAAUUAGAGCUGGUAGGGUUAGAUUCUGAAGGCAGAGCUCUUGAGCUGGGGGUAGAUGAGAAAGAUAUUGGAGGAUCACCUCCAAGAUCAACUCCUCACAUGUUCUCUAAGACACUCACAGGUUCUGAUACUAGCACCCAUGGAGGGUUCUCUGUCCCGCGUCGAGCAGCUGAAGAUUGCUUUCCCCCUCUGGACUAUAAGCAGCAACCGCCUUCUCAGACACUUGUCGCCAAGGAUUUGCAUGGAGACGAAUGGGGGUUUCGCCAUAUUUAUAGAGGCCAGCCAAGAAGGCAUCUGCUUACCACAGGAUGGAGUGGUUUUGUGAGCCAAAAGAAGCUUGUUUCUGGGGAUGCAGUGCUUUUCUUGAGGGGAGAAGACGGCAAACUGAGAUUGGGGAUAAGAAGGGCGCUCCGACCAAGGAAUGGUCUUCCUGGUUCAACUGUCAGUGACCAGAGUCUGUGCCUUGGCGUUCUUGCAGCUGUUGCACAUGCUGUAUCCAGCAAAAGCGUUUUUCAAGUAUUCUACAGUCCAAGGGCAAGCCAUGCAGAGUAUGUUGUUCCCUAUCAGAAGUAUGUCAGAAGCAUCAACAACGUGAUAUGCAUCGGGACAAGGUUCAAAAUGAGAGUUGACGUAGAUGAUGCACCGGAAAAGAGGUGUACCGGUGUAGUGACUAGGAUAGGCGACUUGGAUCCUUAUAGGUGGCCCAACUCAAAAUGGAGAUGCCUAAUGGUUCGAUGGGACGACGAUGUCAUGAAUGGUCAUCAAGAUCGAGUCUCACCCUGGGAAAUUGAUCCAUCCGUUUCCCACUCACCUUUGAGCAUUCAGUCCUCCCCAAUGUUUAAAAAGCUGUGGACUAGUCUGCCAACAUCCCCGCCUGUCAACCCUCUCACUGGCAACCAGGAGAUGGUCCCUGAUAAGGUUGCGGCAGGGUCUGUUAGAGAGGAACUCUUAGCUUCGUCUAGGCUAAAAUGCUCAAAGCGUUUUGCUCUGGUACCAUUUUCUGGGUUAUUUGGAAAGAAAGAUAGGUGGGCUUUUAAGAAUGAGGAAAGUUCUAUAGGUGCUGAAAGGGAUGGUGACUCGGAGAUGGUCCCUGAUAAGGCUGGUAGUUACCUUUCUGUGCUUCCUUUUCAGACUACGGAGGAUAAGAAACAGGGCACAGUCAAAACGCAUGUUUCACAGAAUGCCAGUAUCUUCUGGAACUUACAGUAUCUCUGUAUAUUUCCUCAGCUCUCUUUUCCUCUCUACUAA